UGAUGACAUCAGCGUGCGCUGCCGCCGCCGCCACCACUGUCGCCAUGAACAGCGUAGGGGAGGCUUGCACGGACAUGAAGCGCGAGUACGACCAGUGCUUCAAUCGCUGGUUUGCCGAGAAGUUUCUCAAGGGGGACGGUUCCGGGGACCCGUGUACCGACCUCUUCAAGCGUUAUCAGCAGUGUGUUCAGAAAGCAAUAAAGGAGAAAGAGAUUCCUAUUGAAGGACUGGAGUUCAUGGGCCAUGGCAAAGAAAAGCCUGAAAACUCUUCUUGACCUUGACAAUCACCUUGAAAAUGGAUUCCUCAAAUCAAGAAAUUGACGACUCUGGAUUUUGUCAACUAAGGCUGUUAAGAUAGCCAUCAGAUCUGAUGAGGAAUUUAGGAGAGAGGAGUUUUAUUUCCUCCUCCUUGAUGUUUUUCCUCUCACUUUUAAAAGGUGAUGAAUUCUUUGCUUUGAGAUGAUUUUGCACUUGCUCUGGCAUCUUGCAGGAACUCAAUGUGCUAAAAUUGAUUAAUUUCUUGGGGUUACGGUUGCAAUAUUUAGUCUGGGAUCAGCUUUACAUAUACCUUCUAUGUAGAUAGUGAUAAACUAGUCAGGAUGAUCAAGGUUGCCUGACCUCUUGAUUUUUGCUGCAAAAGACAUCUACACUCUACUGGGGUCAUUGUUGAUUAAAGCAAUUGGUUAGGACCUCUUUUUUCUCUCAGGGAACUAAUGCUAUGAAAAGCGAUCUGGGCACAACAGUUUCAAUCAAUGCUUCGGAGCACAGUUUUAUUUUUAUAUAAUAGUAACUAAUGGUUAAGAUGACUGGUGGCCUGGAGUAGCAAAGAGGAAGACAGCUUUUAACGGACGGGUGGUUCCCUGCCUUAACAAGAGACAUUGGAUUAAAAUGUGAAAGCUUCAAGAAUGUUGCAGUGGACAGGCGCCGGUGGCUGACGCUUGUAAUCCUAGCACUCUGGGAGGCGGAGGCAGGUGGAUCGCUCAAGGUCAGGAGUUUGAAACCAGCCUGAGC